AUGGCUAGAAGAGGAGGCGAGGGCAAGCAUGAAGUUCAUGAACCGCCGCCUCAUUGGCCAGCGGGCAUCAGAUAUCUCUCCAACCACUGUCAACCAUCUCCUGGUCUCUCAAGAAGUCAGCAGCAAGCCCUUUGCCAACCGCUGCCGGCUUCAUCGCCAUUGAAUGCAAGUCGCUUUCGCUCUCACGGUUGGGUCAAGAUCCAACCUAUCAAAGACAAGGCGCACCCUGCUUAUGGACAGCAUGGACUCUUCGCUGCGCGAGACAUCCCUUCACGAACGCCAAUUGUGCAAUACAUUGGCGUCGCACAUACAGAGGCGGAGAGCGAUGAUAAGAGCGACUAUGACCUGAAGGUGUGGAGUGCGGGGCAAGGGGAAAGCCUAGGCAUUGACUCCACGGUGGCAGGGAAUGAGGCCAGAUUCGUCAAUGACUACCGCGGCAUCGCCCAACGGCAGAACGUCUUCUUCGACGACUUCGAAGAAGGUGACCAACGCGGCCUCAUCUUUCGUUCGGGUAGCAAGCCCAUCAAGGCAGACGAAGAGCUACUUACCAGCUACGGCAAAGGGUUCUGGGCUGCGCGACGUACUGCUGAAAGAGAAGAGGUAGAUCAACGAGAAGGCGCUACUUCGCAGCCUGCUCCCCCUCAAGCGCAGUCGGUCUCUGCCUCCAACCCUGUACAUGCCAUGCUCGAGAGACAGCGGCAGCGCCUCCAACAGACGAGGCUUGCAGCUCCUGCGACAUCGAGCAGCAGUAGAGACUUCAAGCUCGAUACGCUGACGUCUAGUCUGCAGCGGCGUUUGCGAGCCUGCAACGUCAAGCUGCCCCACCGGAAGGCCGAGCAGCUCGCCUUCGAUCUUGCGAUGACGGCUGCCGGAGUCAAACCCGCAUGCCUCAUCGACGCCUUCUUCCCGACUCCUCAGACCGCGGCCACCUUGCGAGGGAUUUUGACUGACGACUUGCCGCUGUUGCCCUCAACAAGUAGCCAUGCUGGCGCCAGCGGUCUCGCUCUCGUCUUCCUACCCGGUCAGGAGCAGCUCUUCGCCGUCAAUAUCGCUAGGACGAGGCAGCGCUGCAAAGACAUCUAUUCAGGGACAAUGUGGAUCAACGUGGGAGUUGACACGGCUGCAGGAUCGAAGCUGUUGGGCCCUCCCGCGGAGGUGCAGAGGGCAUUGCACCGUCUCCUUGCAUCUCUUGAUGACGGGGAAGACACAGGAGCACAAAGCAUGUCGCUCGACAUCCAAGGCAAUGGAGCGGCCGUAGCGCUUGCCGGUUUCUUGUUAGGCUACCCGGUCGUCUAUACGUACGCGACGACUGAAGAAGGCAAUGCCAACAGCGGCAACAACCUGGCUGAUCAAAAACUCUGCCUCUUCAACGUCAUUCUCGUUCCAGCAGGCGCAGCGAGCGUUGUAAGGGAGGAAGCGCAUCAGAUCCUGGCUUUCACUAUUCCGCAGGCGACGUUGAAUACGGCUGGGCAGGAGGAUGAGCUUGAAGAGCUACGGCGUCAGCUCAGCCAGUGCGUAAUGCAGAGACUGGAGGAGUAUAGAGAGCGCCUGACUUCAUCGAGAGGGCAGGAGUACACAGCUUGGAAAGCAUGGCUUGCCGACCGCGAGGUGACGGUGACAGUGAGCGAGAAAUGCCUACCGAUGGUAGCGUUGUAG